CGCCACAUCCGGCCGCCUCCACACACUCCCUCCCGCCGCAAAACCCUAGCCGCCGCCGCCCCAGGUAAGGGAGAGAGCCCACCCCACGCCGCCGCCAUGAAGCGCAACCCCCGCGUCACGAGCUCCCGCCGGAAGUGCCGCAAGGCGCACUUCACGGCGCCGUCCUCCGUCCGCCGCGUGCUCAUGUCCGCGGCCCUCUCCUCUGAGCUCCGCCACAAAUACAAUGUCCGGUCCAUCCCCAUCCGCAAGGAUGACGAGGUGCAGGUCGUGCGCGGCACCUUCAAGGGCCGCGAGGGAAAGGUGGUGCAGGUCUACCGCCGCCGCUGGGUCAUCCACGUGGAGCGGAUCACCAGGGAGAAGGUCAAUGGAUCCACGGUGAACGUUGGCAUCCACCCCAGCAAGGUGAUCGUCACCAAGCUCAAGCUCGACAAGGACCGCAAGGCCCUCCUCGACCGCAAGGCUCGCGGCCGCGCUGCUGACAAGGCCAAGGGCAAGUUCACGGCCGAGGACGUCGCCGCCGCCGCUGGGGGUGCCACGGCCACCGGCGCCUCGCUCCAGGAGAUCGAUUAAGCUCGGUGGAUCUGCCGGUUGCCAUACUGCUCUUGCUAUCCUAGUUUUUUAAUAUCACCAGUCCUGUUAGGAUAUGCUACCUGAAAUAUGCUCCUUUAUCAUUCGUAAGAUGUUCGAUGGUGACGUUUGGGAACCUUUAUUAAUGUGAAUCUAUCAUGUGGCUGUGCGUUGGAUUUUGAUAUAAAGUCUUCGUUAUAUGUUUAA